AUGGCAUCGGCACAGGAAAGGAGGAGAGUGGAGGGGUCAGAGAAUGACAUUCAUCAGAGUGACAAUGAAGAGAUAGAUGGCCGGGUGAGAGAUUCAGAUUAAGAGCCAAAGGCCUGAGGCUACAGAGAUGACCCACAAAUGACUGGCCAGGCUACCAGACACACACCUGCAGUGCACUCCUCUCCCACCCCCUUCUCCUGCCUGCCACAUACUCACACCCCUAAAAUGUAGGGAAGAUCUAGUCCUGUAUUCGCAAAGUGUCUCAGAGUAGCAUUGCUGAUCUAGGAUUAAUGAUCAGGUCCCCCUUGUCCAUGUAACCAGCAGAUGCAGUUGCUAUUUUAGCACUGUUCCGCACUGAGGAGGGUCGCCCUCAUAGGCUGCACAUGAGUUUCAAGUUUGGGGAAGCUAAUUUUCAUGCACAUUUAUAAUAAUAAUAUAAUAUGCCAUUUAGCAGACGCUUUUAUUCAAAGCGACUUAGUCAUGCGUGCAUACAUUUUUACGUAUGGGUGGUCCCGGGGAUCGAACCCACUACGCUGGCGUUACAAGCGCCGUGCUCUACAGAGGACCAUGUAAAGAAUUCCAUACAUCAUCGCAUUUGCAGACUUAUGUAAGAUGGCUUCUAUUCGUUCUGUGAUGAGUAGGCUAAUUAGGCUAUAUAAUUUUGGCAAUUUAAUUCAAGACCCUGUCAUCCUGAUUGACUCCUCACACCUGUUUGUUGUGCCACAGUGCACAAAAAUUAUUCUAGAAAUAUCCAAUCUUUUUAACGCUCUCACAUACGUAGACCUAAAACUCAUCCGUAUUGACAAUCAGAUGUGUGGUUUAAUGGAUAAAACAAUGAUUUUGGGGGUUCUUAUCAACGUUUCAGAAAAAGGCCUAUUUAAUUAAGUUGAAUAGGAUGUAGUAGCCUCUUAAAUUCCACUAGGUGGCAGUAAUGAGCAGCCAUUAAUCCUACAGUCUAUUGGAACCCUGUUGGUAUUUACAGCUUUGAAAUGGCAGAUGAUAAGUAGGAGUGACACACACACAGAGAAACUAUUGUAUUACCAUGCUUUCUUCAUGGUUAUAUUGCAUUUUACCCACCCGCCCGCUAGCCGUCAAAUCUUUGCUUCCUCUGUCCUUGUUUCCUCCAUCGCUCGCCUCUCUUUCAAAGCACAUCGGAGGAGGAGGAGGCCCGAGGGGAGGAACCUUCAAUCCUAUCCCCCAAUGUGCUUUGAGAGGGAGGUGAGUAAUGAAGGAAACAAGGACAGAGGAAGCAAGGAUUUGACAGCUAGUAAAAAAAUUUGACCGUGCCUACCUAUAUCUACCACAAUUACCUUGUACCCCUGCACAUUCGACUUGGUACUGGUACCCCGUGAAACAAGGACGGAGGAAGCAAGGAUUUGACGGCUAGUGGGUGGGUGGGUAAAAUGUAAUAUAACCAUAAACAAAGCGUAGUGAUACAAAAGUAUUAAUGAAAUUGUUGUGACUGUCUUAUAAUCUUAAAUAUAAAAUAGAAAUUGAGAAAUAUAACUAUCUUGGCAUUGAUGGAUGUAUUAAUAGCUAUUCAUAGAUUACUUCAUAUAUAAUAGAUUAAUAGAAUUAAGUUAGAAGGGUGAACUCCUAUUUUGAAGGGACAGGAAGUGUUUGUGUGUAUUUGGCUAAUGACAGACAUUCCACAUUUAACCCCACCCACUUGUGAAAAUCGAAAUAUCAAGUGUUUUUUUGUUUAUAUGCCAAAAACCGGAACAAAAUAAUAUUUUUAAUUGGCCAAAAUGUACACGGACCAUCUUCGUUCAGUCUCUCCCCAGUCUAAAUGUCAUAGAAAAAUCCUCAAUAUGGUUUAACCUAUUUUAGUGACCCACAUCAAAGGUGGUGUAUUGAGACCUGAGGCCUUUGCACUGACUUGUGGUCAGAAUUUCUUUAGUUGUGAAGCGCAUCUUGAGUGGAAAUUCCACUACGUCGCAAUUCAUGUGACUUUUUCGGUUAGUCAGAGGGGAAGAAUGCACUUUAUCCUUCCCUUAUCUGCAACUGUCAGCUGUCACCUGAUUUUGAAGCAAUGGCUGUGUAGGUCAAUGGCUCUGGUCUCCUACCUUAAAAGUUUAAUGAAAAAUAAGUUUGCCCUCUUGCCAUGGACUAAUACCAUUUCUCUCUCUUCUCCUUAUCCCUCACUACUUUUAUAUAUUCACUGUUUCUAUCCCAUCUCCUUUCCAUCUCCCUUUCUCAACCUCCCUCUCUCUUCCUCUUUUCUCUCCCCCCUUUUCCCUCUCCCUCUAGGCCUAUCUCUAGGUGGCUAUGGGUUCUAUGUUCCGCAGUGAGGAGGUGUGCCUGGUGCAGAUCUUCCUCCAGUCUGGUUCGGCCUACAACUGUGUCAGUGAACUGGGAGAACUGGGCCUGGUCGAGUUCAGAGAUGUGGGUUCUGUUCUCCCCUGACCUCGUUUGUCUUAUAUCUUCACUAAGAAUGACUGGCUAAGAAACAGUAGCUGUAACUAAUGUCUCUACCAUCUUGCUAUUAAGUUUGAAAUUAGCGACAUUAGCUGACGUGUAAUAAAGCCUUGUGUGAAUAACUUGUGAGUAACUAACUGUGUGUCUGUUGUAUCCUUCCCUCUGUGGUGAAUCAGUUGAACCCCAACGUCAACUCCUUCCAGAGGAAGUUUGUGGGGGAGGUGAGACGAUGUGAGGAACUGGAGAAAACCUUCUGUAAGUACAUAGAUUUCUCACUAUCGGCUCCUAAACCAAGGCCGCUCAUUAAAACUAUCCUAAUACAAGAAAAUUAUGUUUUACAGUUGUCUCCUAUGCAUUUGACUUUCUCUCCUUCCAUCUCUCCCUGUCUCUUGCUCCAUCUCUCUCUCUUUUCAUCCUUCUCUUCACUCAGCGUUCCUGGAGCAGGAGAUCAAUCGGUCUCUGUGGCCCCCCCUCAAUGGCCCCCUCCCUCCCCCCUGCCCGACCCCCUCGGCCCCCCAGCCCAGAGAGCUGAUCACCAUCGAGGAGGAGAGUGAGAGGCUGGCCAGGGAGCUCAAAGAGGUGUCCAGGAACAGAGACAGUCUCAGAGCCCAGAUGACCGAGCUCAGCCAAUACAAAGGGGUUCUCACGAAGACCCACUCCCUCACCGCCUCACAGGUCAGAACUACACCACCCAGACCCACUCCCCCACCACCUUACAGGUCAGAACUACACCACCCAGACCCACUCCCUCACCACCUCACAGGUCAGAACUACACCACCCAGACCCACUCCCUCACUGCCUCACAGGUCAGAACUACACCACCCAGACUCACUCCCUCACUGCCUCACAGGUCAGAACUACACCACCCAGACUCACUCCCUCACCGCCUCACAGGUCAGAACUACACCACCCAGACCCACUCCCCCACCACCUUACAGGUCAGAACUACACCACCCAGACCCACUCCCUCACCACCUCACAGGUCAGAACUACACCACCCAGACCCACUCCCUCACUGCCUCACAGGUCAGAACUAUUCCACCCAGACUCACUCCCUCACUGCCUCACAGGUCAGAACUACACCACCCAGACUCACUCCCCCACCACCUUACAGGUCAGAACUACACCACCCAGACCCACUCCCUCACCACCUCACAGGUCAGAACUACACCACCCAGACCCACUCCCUCACUGCCUCACAGGUCAGAACUAUUCCACCCAGACUCACUCCCUCACUGCCUCACAGGUCAGAACUACACCACCCAGACUCACUCCCUCACCGCCUCACAGGUCAGAACUACACCACCCAGACUCACUCCCUCACCACCUCACAGGUCAGAACUACACCACCCAGACUCAAUCCCUCACCACCUCACAGGUCAGAACUACAUCACCCAGACCCACUCCCUCAGAGAACUACAACUACUGUUUGGAUAUAUAUUAUGUAUUAAAGUGAAGAACUACAAUCUCCAUAACUCUUUUCAUUGUUCCCUAUCACAGGGUCCGCCUCCUCCACUGGAAACAGUAGGCAUUGUGGAGCCUAACCGACAGGAUGUCCACCUCAGGUAAACCUAAUUCGUCAAAGCGAUUGCCAGUGUCCUUCCACGUAAUUUUUUUUACAUUGGCUCUGGACAAUGACUGAUUUGCAUUUUCCAGUUGGUCAUCUUACUCUUGCCAACUUACCUCGUUUUUUAUUUAUCUCAUCCCUCUUCUGCAGUUUUGUGGCCGGUGUGGUCCACCCCUGGAAAGUCCCUUCGUUCGAGCGGUUGCUAUGGCGAGCAUGCCGUGGUUACAUCAUCGUGGACUUCAGAGAGAUGGAGGAGCAACUAGAGCAUCCUGACACGGUGAAGAGCGGGAGAGAGGAGGAGGAAGAAAGGAGGAGUUGCGCUAUACUAAAAGUAGAGUAGCAAAUAAGAUGGUCAGUGAGUCAACGCUUCUAAUAUGUGAUGUAAUUGCAGGGGGAGAUGCAGUGGACAGUCUUCCUCAUAUCCUACUGGGGAGAUCAGAUCGGACAGAAGGUCAAGAAGAUCUGUGAUUGGUGAGUAAACCUGUCCACUUCUCCUUGCGUUGUGAUAUUUUAACACAUUACGGUGGUCCAUGUUUAUGCUUGUUUAAUGACCCUUGUCUUUAUUGCACCUCCUUAAUAACUUGCAUUCCCAGCUUCCACACACAUACGUUUGCGUACCCCGACAGCCCCACGGAGAGAGAGGAGAUUCUCCAGGGACUGCAGGGCAGAAUUGAAGACAUCAAAUCUGUAAGUCCGACUACCACUGUAUAAAACACAUUCACCUUCAUCUUUGUUGCCGUAUCACUAACUUCAAUAAGAAUCACAUUGGGAACAGCAAACCGUGAGCAAACAUUUACGUUCUUUAAAGUUGCCUCACACUCCAUCUCUAAACCACCCCUUCUCCUCCUCCCCUCCCCAGGUCCUCUCCCAGACAGAGCACUACCUCCAGCAGCUGUUGGUGCGUGCUGUAGCAGUGCUGCCCCAGUGGAAGGUGCGGGUCCAGAAGUGUAAGGCUGUCCAGGCCGUGCUGAACCUCUGCAGCCCCUCCGUCACCGACAAGUGUCUGAUCGCUGAGGCCUGGUGUCCCGUCAGCAAGCUGCCUGAACUACAGAGUGCCCUGAGAGAGGGAGGGGUGAGAGGGGGAAAGAAAGAGGGAGGGGGAGAUGCAGAAGAAGGGAGGAAGGAAAGAUUGUGUGAGAUUGAGUUACGCAGCAAGAUGCGAGGCAAGGGAGAGUUAGUUGUCUUUGGUCAUGCUGUUUAAACUUAGGAAUGGAUGUAAUUUUUCAAGCUACCCCAAAAGUGUACGACUUUAAGCACCUUCAUCUUCUCUCUGGCUCUCCCCCUAUCAGAGGAAGAGUGGCAGCGGGGUGGACUCGUUCUACAACCGCCUCCCCUGCUCCACCCCUCCUCCUACCCUGUUCCCUACCAACUCCUUCACGGCCGGCUUCCAGAGCAUCGUAGAGGCCUAUGGAGUGGCCAGUUACCGCGAGGUCAACCCAGGUAUCACUCAAUCAAUACAUUUAUCACUUCAAACCGCUACCCGUCCAACAGACCAACCCAGGGAAGAACCACCUCUAGUAUAUGUAAAUUAUCCAAAAUAUUAUCUCUCAUUCUCUCGCUCAACCCUCUCUCAUUCUCUGCUCCCACCUGUCUCUCCAUAGCCGUGUACACCAUCAUCACGUUCCCCUUCCUGUUUGCGGUGAUGUUUGGGGACGUGGGUCACGGCCUGCUGAUGUUCCUGGCUGCCCUCUGGAUGGUCCUGGAGGAGAAGGACCCCAAACUCAGGAACAACACCAAUGAGGUUACACACACACACACACAUCACACCCUUCCAUACACACGCUUUAAAUUGAGAGACUGACAAUUAUACUGAUUCAGAGGAACAGUCCUAAUAUAAUGUCUCUGUGUGUGGUUUAGAUCUGGAGGAUGAUGUUUGGAGGGCGCUAUCUGAUCCUGUUGAUGGGACUGUUCUCUAUCUACACUGGGGCCAUCUACAAUGAGUGUUUCAGCAGAGGACUCAGCCCCUUCAGCUCCGGCUGGCACGUACGAGCCAUGUUCGAGGAAGGAGUGUGGAAGUAAGGAUACGCCCAUGCCCAUCACUCACAUCUGCAUAACAGCGCCACAAUCCUUUUUCUGAUUGUCCUGUAUGUUUAAAAUAUCUGAGUUCUGUAUCUCUCUUUGUCUCUCUCUCGCUCUCUCUCUCAGACCAACAACUCUUAAAGAGAACAACUUCCUGUCCCUGGACCCUAACAUCACUGGUGUUUUUACCGGACCCUAUCCUUUUGGCAUCGACCCGGUAUGGAAAUGCACCUCACACUGCCUCCAUCUUUCUCUCACUCUCCAUCUCUCUCUUCCUCAUCUCUCUCUUCCUCAUCUCUCUUCCUCAUCUCUCUUCCUCAUCUCUCUCUUCCUCUUCUCUCUCUUCCUCUUCUCUCUCUCUCUCUGUCUAUUCUCCUCGUGAUUGUUCCCAUGACUCAGUUAUGACUAACUGUGCUGUGUGGUCCUCAGAUCUGGGGUCUGUCCAACAACCACCUGACAUUCCUCAACUCCUACAAGAUGAAGAUGUCCGUCAUCAUCGGGGUCAUCCACAUGACCUUCGGAGUCUGUCUGUCCUUCUUCAACUACAAGUGAGGGAACAUUGCGAUAGUGUGUGUGUAUAUAUAUAUAUAUAUAUAUAUGGAACUGCAAGGGACUAUCGCUGUAAUCUAAUAAUUUUCACACCAUCCCUCUCCUGCUAUCCCUAUUCAAUUCCCUACUCUCUCUCUACUCAAACCAAUACCUCUGCCCAUGCCUUCCUUUCUCUUCAACCUAUGAUUCCCUCUACCCAUCUCUCUUUCUCUGUUCAUCCCUCUCUCUGUCUACCCAUCCACUUCUCUCUCUGUUCAUCCCUCUCUCUCUCACUACCCAUCCUUCUCUCCCCCAUCUCUCUCUCCCUCCAGACACUUUAACCAGUUGGGCAGUGUAUUCCUGGUACUGAUCCCAGAGCUGUUCUUCAUGCUGUUUCUGUUUGGUUACCUGGUCUUCAUGGUCAUCUUCAAGUGGCUGGCCUUUGACACGGCCCACUCUAACUCCGCCCCCAGCAUCCUCAUCCACUUCAUAGACAUGUUCCUAUUCACCGAGAACAAGGAAAACCCGCCCCUCUACAAAGGACAGGUGUGUUUUGUGGGGAAACCUCCCACUGUAUGGUACGGGUACAGUAUAUGUGUGGUAGGGCAUGGAAGGGCACACAACGGGCUCACUCCAAAGUACUUAUUUGUUUAAAUUAGCUUAAUGUUUAAAGUAUGCUUAAUGUUUAAAGUAUGCUUAAUGUUUGCUGAAUCAUUGAAAACAUAAUCUGUAGGCAAACAAUGGUAUGGCAGCAUGCUCACUCCAAAGUACAACUUGGCACUGUGUGUGUGAUGUUCUAACUCCCUCUCUCUCUGCACUGUAGGUGGUGGUGCAGGAGGUCCUGGUGGUGCUGGCGCUGUGUUCAGUUCCAGUCCUACUGCUGGGGAAACCCAUCCAUCAAUACAUCACAUACAAGAUGAACCACCGGCACAUGGUGAGCAACUUGUCUCUGGCUCAGCUUUUGCUAUGUGUAUUGAUUUUAGUGUAAAUAUCUAGGAUCAUUUUGUUUCUUCUGUAUGUGAGUUGGUCUGACGUGAUUCUGUGUCCUCCAGGCAAGCGAGAGACGCCCCCUAUUAGCUGAGAACAAUUCCAUCAACGCUCAUCAGGGAGAGGUGGAGACAGGAAGUCACAGAGGGGAGGUGGUGAGACGGCGUUAUCACAGUGUUACCUAUGCUUGCUCCAUUUCUGUGUUCGCAGAGGCUGAGCUAGUGACACGACUAACAUAUUACUCAGUUCGCCAACUUUUCAACCCUUUCCCCCUCUUUAUUUAUUUAUUUAUAUAUACAUAUAUACUACGGUUCAAAAGUUUGGGUUCACUUAGAAAUGUCCUUGUUUUGGAAAGAAAAGCAAUUUUUUUUUGUCAAUUUUAAAAUAACAUCAAAUUGAUCAGAAAUACAGUGUAGACAUUGUUAAUGUUGUAAAUGGCUAUUGUAGCUGGAAACGGCUGAUUUUUAAUGGAAUAUCUACAGAGGCCCAUUAUCAGCAACCAUCAGUCCUGUGUAGCCCUUACACAGCCUGGAGGUGUGUUGGGUCAUUGUCCUGUUGAAAAACAAAUGAUAGUCCCACUAAGCGCAAACCAGAUGGGAUGGCGUAUCACUGCAGAAUGUUGUGGUAGCCAUGCUGGUUAAGUGUGCCUUGAAUUCUAAAUAAAUCACAGACAGUGUCACCAGCAAAACACCAUCACACCUCCUCCAUGCUUCACGGUGGGAAAUACACAUGCGGGGAUCAUCCCUUCACCUACUCUGUGUCUCACAAAGACCAAAAAUCUAAAAUUUGGACUCAUCAGACCAAAGGACAGAUUUCCACCAGUCUAAUGUCCAUUGCUCGUGUUUCUUGGCCCAAGCAAGUCCCUUCUUCUUAUUGGUGUCCUUUAGUAGUGGUUUCUUUGCAGCAAUUUGACCAUGAAGGGCUGAUUCACGCAGUCUCCUCUGAACAGUUGAUGUUGAGAUGUGUCUGUUACUUGAACUCUGUGAAGCAUUUAUUUGGGCUGCAAUCUGAGGUGCAGUUAACUCUAAUGAAUUUAUCCUCUGCAGCAGAGGUAACUCUGGGUUUCCUUUCCUGUGGUGGUCCUUGUGUGAGCCAGUUUCAUCAUAACGCUUGAUGGUUAUUGCGACUGCACUUGAAAAAACUUUCUUGAAAUGUUCCGGAUUGACUGACCUUCAUGUCUUAAAGUAAUGAUGGACUGCCGUUUCUCUUUGCAUAUUUGAGCUGUUCUUGCCAUAAUAUGGACUUGGUCUUUUACCAAAUAGGGCUAUCUUCUGUAUACCACCCCUACCUUGUCAGAACACAACUGAUUGGCUCAAACGCACUAAGAAGGAAAGAAAUUCCACAAAUUAACUUUUAUCAAGGCACACCUGUUAAUUGAAAUGCAUUCCAGGUGACUACCUCAUGUUGAGAGAAUGCCAAGAGUGUGCAAAGCUGUCAUCAAGCCAAAGGGUGGCUACUUUGAAGAAUCUCAAAUAUAAAAUAUAUUUUGAUUGAUGUCUUCACUAUUAUUCUACAAUGUAGAAAAUAGUAAAUAUAAAGAAAAACCCUGGAAUGAGUAGGUGUGUCCAAACUUUUGACUGGUACUGUGUGUGUGUGUGUGUGUAUAUAUAUAUUAUAUAUUUUUUUUAAGGACAUUCUCUCUGUGUCUGUAGGAGUUUGAUGCUGCUGAUGUGUUCAUGCACCAGGCCAUCCACACCAUAGAGUACUGUCUAGGCUGCAUCUCCAACACAGCCUCUUACUUACGACUGUGGGCCCUCAGCCUCGCACACGCACGUGAGUCACACACACACACCCUCGUUCUCCACUGAUUUGUAGUGACUCAUUACACACAACUCAUCUUUUUAAAUAGUACUAACUCGCUGUAGCUCCUACUCUGUGUAUUCCCUCUCCCCGUCCCUCUCUCCAGAGCUGUCAGAGGUGCUCUGGGUGAUGGUGAUGCGUAUCGCCCUAACCGGGCAAGGCUACGUGGGAUCUGUGGUCCUGUUUGUAGUCUUUUCCUUCUUCGCCGUGCUGACAGUCGCCAUCCUCCUGGUCAUGGAGGGCCUGUCUGCCUUCCUGCAUGCCCUGCGUCUGCACUGGUGAGAGAUUGGGGGAUGGAGGGCGGGAGAUGGGUGGUGGUGGUAGGGGGGGGGGGGGGAGACAGAAUGAGUGAAGGAGAAAGGGGGAGAGGAGUGUGUGAAUAGAGGUUUGGAGAAAAUAUAUGAUGUGCAAUAUUGUCUGUUUGUUCUUUGUCUCUCUCCUAGGGUGGAGUUCCAGAAUAAGUUCUACAGUGGAACAGGCUACAAGCUGAACCCUUUCUCCUUCUCAUCCCUGAUCCACGCCUCGUCCGCUAUGUGAUCAUUUAAACGAUCAAUGAAUUAUGAUUGCCAAAUGAUUAUGUUAAUUAAUCAAUCAGUCGCUUGCUCUACACCUAUCGCUCCCCUACACAUUUGAGAAUGAUUGCUCUCUUUUUUGAAAGCUUGGUGUUUUGUAAAACUUGUUCAAUGUCCAAGAAUGCAUUGAGGCCUUUGCACUGGGAGAUUGAUGGUUUAUGUGCCUGUUUCAGCAUGCAUGUUGUGUGAUCGAAAUCAGAAUAUCUAUGUUGUUCCUUCUAUGGACUGACCAUGUGUUACUUCCAACUUCCAGUAAUGUACGUUUAGAUAAUAAUACAUUUUUUGUAUAAUUAACAUUCUCUUAGUUUAUCAUUCUAAGCAUGAUUUGAAAAUGGUUGCAAUAUCUUCAUAGUGUUGUGUGGUUGAAUAACUCAGGAAAUGGUUGCUAUUGACUUUCACACAUGAUAGUGAUCUCAAAGUCGGUAAAGGAAAGGGACACACCAGUUGUCUGAACACAUCUGGUCUGAAAGAGAGCCAAUGUAGACAUGAUAGCUGUGCUGCUUUUGCUAUUGGUAAUGUGAGCGACCUUUUAUGGUACUCAACACCUCCAGUUUCUUAUGUCAUAUUUGGACACGGUUAAUGAUUAUGGAAAGGGUAACUUGUCAGCUCAUGUAUGUCAUUCACAUUCUGUCUGAUAUGAGCAGAGAACCAUCUGAAUGAAGAUCAAUGUUUUGCCAAAUAUAUAAACUUCAGGAAAUGAUUUGUGUGCCUUUUGAGGCCAUCUAGUUUUCAUGUUUGGAAUCUGAGACCUUAUAGCUGUUCAUUAAAGUCACUGAGACUGAUCAUAGAACACAUUCAAGCCUUAUAGAACACUGUUAGUCUGCCACAUUCUUUGUAUCCUGGUUCACUUCAUGCUGUCUGUUUGUUUUUACUAUCAGUGUGAUAAACUCUAUGGCUGAAAUUAAAUGAAAGACAGUUUUUUUCUGACAGUUCUUGUGUGGAUGUACGUUUUACUUGGUGUUCCUAUUGUAGAAAUGAGGCGAGUAGGCCAUUUUCUUUUAAAUUAUGGACAUUAACCAAUGUUGGUUUCAUUAGACUUUAUU